AUGUCUGCAACUCACUGGAGGAGGGGGCCAUCUCCGCUGCAAGAGGUGCCUGUCCUCCCUGAUGUAAGAGAAAAGGAGACGGAAGAAAUUGAAGAGAAAGUAGAAUUUUAUGAACGUGUUCGAUCCAACUUGAAUAAAGGAUCGGCAAGCUCAGCGUAUGGAAAGGCGAAGGACGCUUGGAAAAAAUAUAUCGACAAAGUGACUUGGAAAAACCAUGGUCUUAUUACUCGUCGUCUAGAGGAAGCUUAUCUCUCCGCAAGAGCAAGGCUUGAUAUCAUGGGAAACAAUGCAAAGGAAUCUGCAACAGUAGGAUUCUUUGAGCUAUGGUUAAAAGCAGAAUUUUCGGAAAAACGGUUUUUCUUGAAAUCUCAAUUCGGAGUCAGUGCAAGAAAGGGUCCAGAAGAACAAGUGGAUGACUUGCUGGGUUAUAUGACUCAUUACAUGCUCCAACAGCCUUUGGUGAUGAUUGAAGCAAAAAGACAUCCAAAAGGUAGAGAAUACAUGACACCAGGUGAACUUACUGCGCUCGAGAAUCAAGUAGAAGGAUAUUGUCGCCAAUGGCUAAAGGAUAACCCUGAUAUCCAUUUUUUGUAUGCAGUCACAUGCGCAUCAACAGAAAUGAGAUUUUGGAUUAUGGAAAGAAACAGAGAUAUGGAAAGGGCCAAGAUGGUGGGACUGUGGGAACCGAAAAAACGGACAUGGGCCGAAUAUAGAGACCCGGGGUUGAAUUGCGAUGCCAAAAUUAUAAAAGCCGCAAUCAAUCUGAUUAAGGAUAACCCGAAUGGUUCGGAUGCGGCAAUUACUACAGCUAGUGAAUCUCAAUCGCAAAGUGAUGGAGCUCCACACGGAAUUUCAGGUAAAGCAACAGGAGGAACGAGUGGGUCGAAACGUAGAACCCCAAGUGAGGAUAGAAGAGGCGACAGAAAUAGAAGCAGAGAUGGAAGGGGCGAUAAAUCAGAUCAGCAGCCUUCAAGCCAGGAAGAGACUCCCGAAGAGCGUGCAGAAAGACACAAGCGAAGAGAAAGAGCAAAAGAAUCUGAAAGAAGAGGUGAAGAGAAAGGUAAAGGAAAAGUACCAAGAAGAUCUGAAAGGGGUGAUAGUGAGAAAGACAGAGGAGGACAACGUGAGACCUCUGAAAAGCCGCGCUCGCUACAUUCAAGCGCUCCAAUCAAGGUACCUGGAUCAUCCUCUAGAGGAGAUUCUAGAAGAGCCAAUACAUCCAUAGAUGAUCCCAGAAAUUUGGCGUCAAGUUCCAGUCCCGAACAUGGGGUACGGAUACCAAUACGUGGACCCCGCCGCGAAAGAGUCGAUACAGACAAAAGCGAGAGAGCUUCUAUCAAAGAUGGAAAGAGAGUAGAAGCUUCCUCAAGCCACAAAAGUAAAGAAUCAAGAAAACCCGAUUCUCAGGGGAGAAAAGAUUCUCUAAGUACUGUUCCAUCGACUUCGUCGGAUGAUCGAAAUUCUUCUAGUAGUGAUAAUCGAGCACCACGACACAAGAGUACAAAAAAGGUUGGAGAUGCGUCAGCGGAUGUUAAGAGGUCGAAGCGAGAUAAACCAGCUGGAAGUGGAUGA